GGGGGCGUCCUUAGUGGGAUGGACCCGUAAGACUUUGUUCUUUCAAACCAUGGUAGAAUGGGGUUUUUUUCUCUUGUUCCUACUUUAUCUUGUAGGAUGUCCCUCGUAAUUAAGUAGUGAGAUUUGUUUCCUCUUUGAUGGCGUCUUUUCCUGAUCGUUCAUAAUCGUUGUGUGGGCAUGGUUCUAUUUCAUCACAUUCCGAUCACUUCCCUUCCUUCCAUUCCACAAGUAGAUUGCAGAUAAUCAUGGCAAUCACUUUACGCCAGCGCUAUGUGCUACUUGGUGUAUUCGUAGCCUCGACUAUACUUCUUACUGGUUUCUAUCUACAAAAUAGUAUAAGACCACCCACAUCUUUUGUUCCUCCACCCGAACCAAUCGAGACUGGACCAAGGCGUCCGAAAUAUAAAACCUCCAAGACUCCCAAAAGUUAUCCUAUAGUUGAUAAUUUCCCUCUUGCUUUGAAUGCCCAUUCAGCUUCAGAGCUUCCGCCAAUUCCUAAAUGGAAUCAACCUCCUUAUCCGCAUGUCCCCGAAAAAACUCCUCUACUUAUUGGGUUUACAAGGAAUUGGCGCCUUCUUCAGCAAGUUGUUGUUUCUUAUAUUACUGCAGGAUGGCCUCCUUCGGAUAUAUACGUUGUCGAGAAUACAGGUGUUAUGAAUUCAAAUAAAGAUGGGCAACUAUCGCUUCAAAAUCCUUUCUUUCUGAACUACACCCGAUUAAAUAUGCUUGGUGUGAAUGUCCUCAUAACACCUACUCUAUUCACCUUCUCCCAGGUACAAAAUUAUUUCUUAUGGACAGCUAUUGAAAACAAAUGGCCAACUUAUUUCUGGAGUCAUAUGGAUCUCGCCAUUCUGUCAUUUGAAGAUCGAUGGAUAGAUGCUCAUCCAGAUAAUCUCAAUCCGUCACCCAAAGAAUUUCAAUCCCUCUACGAUCACUGCGUCUCCGCUCUCCGCAAUGUAACAGCUCCAAACCCCGAAACAGGAGUCGUAAAACCAUGGGCCCUCGAAUUCUUCUCCUACGAUCGUCUCGCUCUCGUCAACACGGAAUCAUAUCAGAAAGUCGGAGGUUGGGAUACCUUGAUCCCUUUCUACGGCACCGAUUGCGACAUGCAUGAGAGACUCGCCAUGGAAGGAUUCGAAAUGAGAGACUGGCCUGCGGGUGCUAUCUGGGAUGUAGCGAGUAGUUUGGACGAUCUCGAAGUUUUGUAUAGGAAGAAAGGGGGCCCGGAUCCUUCUUUCAUUGAUCCGAAUGCCGUCGAAGAAGAACUCGCUAAAGCAGAUUCGAACGCAUCAUCCGAUGCUUCUCUUCCCUCCAAAAAACAACCUCGCGAUCUAGGCCUGGGAAAUCUGUUCUCGGAUAAAAAUCACAGAGAAUGGAUCGACGAACCCGUAGCCCAGGAAUCAUGGUGUACACUACUAAACGUAUUGGAUCAUAUGGGAAACUCCAAGACCGCGAAUAAAAACGGACGGAAUACGUGGCAGGGAAGACAGGUAGGAGGACAAAAUGAUCCCUAUUACCGGGAUUCUGAGGGCUUUGAAAUAGGCAUUCAGAUGUCGAUUGAACAUGGGAGGAGAGUGUUUGCGGAGAAAUGGGGGCACAGGGAUUGUGAUUUGAGGGCGCAGGGGUUGGUGGCUAAUGAUGCUUGGAGGGUGGAGCGGGAUUGGUAGGUUGUUAAGGGCGGGUGAGGCGUGCUUGACUCUUGCGAAUGGGUUUAUAGGAAUCUGGGAGGAUUGUAAUGACGAAUAGCGAAGUCGCUGAGUAAACCGAAAGAGACGAACGGGGAAGAUAAUAGGAAUAGGAAAACGAACAGGAAAAAACCCAUCCGAAAUCCCUCGAUCGGCACACACCAAAGGAUUCACAUAUGGAUUGCGUGUCUGCGGAAUACUAAUCCCUCACGAUGUGAAUAUUCGGCGAAUGGAACAUGGGAGAUUUGUAUAUUUAUAUCACAUGAAGUGCGUGUUUUGAUGGCGUUUAUGGGGGACUGGCAUGGGAUGGGAUGGGAUAGCUAGACUAGUGGUCGUGUAUGUAUAUAUAUGUAUGUAUAUGUUGUAUGUAUGUAUUCGAGCAGGAGAAAAUGUACGGUUUUAUGAUUUUGGAUUUAUAGUGUAUAUUUGCUAUAUUUGUAAAAAGAAAAAUCGUAUGGCGAGUGAGGAUGUGGAAGGUGAUGGGGCGGGUUGGUUUGGGUUGGAACACAAAGGUUGAGAUGGGGCAGGGGAUUGAAAUGAUGGAGAUAAAGGAGGUGGUGGACUUGAGUUGUGUACUUAUGAAUUCUGAGUUGUGCUGUUGAAAUGAAUGAGAAGAGGAGGAAUGAAUGAAUGAAUGAAUGAAUGAAUGAAUGAAUGAAUAAAUAGCAAUAGUGAAGCAGACUUCAAAUUGUAAAGAGGGGAUGACGAUACGACAAGCGGUGAAGGUAAUGGGCGAAUGAAGCUGUGUGGGAUA